UGUCCCGGGCGGACAGCGCGGCGCACGGCAGCCCUGGGGCGUGAAAGGAAAGUGGCCGGGCGGCGGCACCGCGGCGCCCAAGUUCCCCGGCGCGCUGGGCCCGCCGCGCGCCCCUCCCGGCGCGCCCCGCGCUCCCUCCCGCCGAGCCCCCGCGGACCCGCCCCCCGGGCUCGCUCCGGGGCUGGGGCGCGAACCCGCAGCAGGACCCGGGGGCGCGCCGCCCCCGCGGCCGUCCGAACUUCGCUGGGCCGAGGCGGCCGCGGCGAGGUGGCCGAGCGUCCAGCGGCCGCCGCAACCGGUGGCUUCGGACCGGCGUGGUGGAGUGCGCCGGGCCUCUGCCCUGGGCUCGCCCGGAACCCGCUGCCCGACCCCAGCCGGACCUGCCGCUCCGGAGCACUUUCAUUUGGACCCUUGGAUGCCCAUUGGAACAAAUGCUUGAGAACUGCAAGUAAUCUUCAGAUGGUAGCAUAACUAUAAGGCCUGUCCUCUGUGUGGGGAGGAGAUCACCCAUGUGCUGUGGAAAUGAACGGGGAGCAGCAGACUGAUGCAGAUGCUGGAUCUGGAGUGGAAGAAGUGGAAUUAAGCUGGGAAGACUAUCUAGAAGAGACAGGGGCCACAGCAGUUCCCUACGGGUCUUUUAAACAUGUGGACGCACGUUUGCAAAACGGAUUUGCUCCUGGGAUGAAACUGGAGGUGGUUGUAAAAACUGAUCCUGAAACCUACUGGGUUGCCACCAUCAUUACCACCUGUGAGCAGUUGCUCCUCCUCCGCUAUGAUGGCUACGGGGAGGACCGGAGAGCAGACUUCUGGUGUGACAUCAGGAAGGCUGACCUCUACCCCAUUGGAUGGUGUGAGCAGAAUAAGAAGACCCUCGAAGCCCCAGAAGGCAUCAGAGAUAAAGUGUCUGAUUGGGAUGAGUUUCUGCGGCAGACCCUGAUGGGAGCAUGUAGUCCUCCUAUUCCGCUGCUAGAGGGCCUCCGUAAUGGGAGGAAUCCUUUAGAUCUCAUUGCUCCAGGUUCCAGGCUGGAAUGUCAAGCUUUCCAGGACUCUUUAAGUACUUGGAUUGUUACUGUAGUAGAUAAUAUUGGGGGAAGGCUGAAGCUGCGCUAUGAAGGACUUGAGAGCUCUCAUAAUUUUGAACAUUGGUUGUAUUACUUGGAUCCGUUUCUUCAUCACGUUGGUUGGGCUGCUCAACAGGGAUAUGAGCUUCAGCCCCCAUCAGCCAUCAGACAUCUGAAAAAUGAAGCUGAGUGGCAAGAGAUCUUGGCCAAAGUGAAAGAGGAGGAGGAAGAGCCAUUACCAUCUUACUUAUUUAAGGACAAACAAGUGAUCGGCACUCAUUCAUUCUCUGUAAAUAUGAAGUUGGAAGCUGUGGACCCCUGGUCUCCUUUUGGGAUCUCUCCUGCUACAAUUGUUAAGGUUUUUGAUGAGAAGUAUUUUCUGGUGGAAAUGGAUGAUUUGCGACCUGAGAAUCGUGCACAGCGAUCUUUUGUGUGUCAUGCUGACAGUCCUGGUAUUUUUCCUGUGCAGUGGGGUCUGAAGAAUGGUUUACACAUCAGUCCCCCUCCUGGCUACCCAGGCCAGGACUUUGAUUGGGCCGACUACCUCAAACAGUGUGGUGCUGAAGCUGCUCCCCAGAGGUGCUUCCCUCCGUCAAUUUCUGAGCAUGAAUUUAAGGAGAACAUGAAGCUUGAGGCAGUGAACCCUCUUCUCCCUGAGGAAGUGUGUGUUGCCACCAUUACUGCAGUGAGAGGCUCCUACCUGUGGCUCCAGUUGGAGGGUUCUAAGAAACCCAUACCUGAAUUUAUUGUGAAUGUGGAAUCCAUGGAUAUAUUUCCUCUGGGCUGGUGUGAAACCAACGGCCAUCCCCUUAGCGCCCCUCGCCGAGCACGAGUAUACAAGCAGAGGAAAAUUGCAGUGGUUCAACCAGAAAAACAAAUACCAUCCUCAAGGACUGUCCAUGAGGGUCUGAAGAAUCAGGAGCUGAGCUCUACAGACUCAGUUGUGAUUAAUGGAAAAUAUUGCUGUCCAAAGAUAUACUUCAACCACCGUUGCUUCUCAGGGCCAUAUCUUAACAAAGGAAGGAUUGCUGAGCUGCCUCAAUGUGUGGGACCCGGGAACUGUGUUUUGGUCCUCAGAGAGGUCCUCACUUUACUGAUCAAUGCAGCCUAUAAACCCAGUCGUGUCCUUCGGGAGCUGCAGCUGGACAAAGACUCUGUGUGGCAUGGAUGUGGGGAAGUCCUCAAGGCCAAAUACAAAGGAAAGAGUUAUCGAGCUACUGUCGAGAUAGUCAAAACAGCAGAUCGAGUGACUGAAUUCUGCCGGCAAACCUGUAUCAAACUGGAGUGCUGUCCUAAUCUCUUUGGUCCACGGAUGGUUCUGGAUACGUGUUCUGAGAACUGCUCUGUACUUACAAAGACUAAAUAUACACACUACUAUGGAAAGAAGAAAAAUAAAAGAAUUGGGAGGCCACCUGGUGGGCAUAGUAACUUAGCAUGUGCCCUGAAAAAAGCGAGCAAGAGGAGAAAGAGGCGAAAAAAUGUUUUUGUUCAUAAGAAGAAACGCUCCUCUGCAUCUGUUGAUAAUACCCCAGCGGGCUCGCCCCAGGGAAGUGGGGGUGAAGAUGAGGAUGACCCAGAUGAAGGGGAUGACGAUUCCCUAAGUGAGGGCAGUACAUCUGAGCAACAGGAUGAGCUACAGGAAGAGUCAGAAAUGUCAGAAAAAAAGUCAUGCUCCUCCUCUCCCACCCAAAGUGAGAUAUCCACAUCACUGCCUCCAGACAGACAGAGAAGAAAAAGAGAACUUCGCACUUUUUCGUUUUCUGAUGAUGAGAAUAAACCUCCUUCACCAAAGGAAAUAAGGAUUGAAGUUGCUGAAAGGCUUCACCUGGACAGUAACCCCCUGAAGUGGAGUGUGGCAGAUGUUGUGCGGUUCAUCAGAUCCACCGACUGUGCUCCGCUCGCAAGGAUAUUCCUAGACCAGGAAAUCGAUGGGCAGGCCCUGUUGCUCCUUACCCUUCCCACCGUUCAAGAGUGCAUGGACUUAAAAUUGGGCCCUGCCAUCAAACUUUGCCAUCACAUAGAGAGGAUCAAGUUUGCUUUUUAUGAACAGUUUGCCAAUUGAGAAGGACAACCAAAGUGAGCUGUAUCUUUGAAGCACAAAUGCAGCAAAUCCUUCGCCCUGCUCUACAAGUGGAGCUGAAAUAGUCCUGGGGCUCUGGGCCCUGCAGGUGUCAGCUUGCUCUCUUUGCACUUUCAGGGAAGGAGGACCCACACUGAGGAAGCAAAGACUGCACAGAAGUGGCUCUCCUGCCACAGUGAAAAUGUGGGCAUCUCUUGUUCAGCAGAUUGCAGGUUUUAAAAAAUAAAGGUUGUGAAGAGAAGACUCAUAUAAGAAGAAUAAGCAUUUCCACUGGUGUGGCCUGAAAACUAAGAAUAAUCUGGGUUGCUGGAAAGCACCCUUUUGGUUUUCUUUUUGUUCUUUCUGUUCCUUUGCAUUGUAGAUUGAACUUCGUUCUCUGCUUUCUCUUUCUUGGAAAGAGAGGACAUAGCUUUAAGUCAGCACUGAUUUGGGACUGUGCCUAAGGCACAUCAGUGCUUCGCUGUCAUUGUGUUUUUAAGCUUUUUUAAAUUAAAACAGUUCAUUUUGGGGAUGAUUAUGUGGCUCUAGGGUUUUGAAUGUACAGUCACACUUUGAUCCAUUUUAAAAUCUAUUCUUAGGAGUUCCUUUGUUUACUACCUCUGUUGAUAAUUGAGCUUAUAGCCAUGUAUGAGGUUUUUUUAAUGAUUCCAUUUUUAAGCUACAUGAACACUAAAACUAUCACAGAAGUUGUAGGAGAAAAACAGUUUGCUUUCUUAAAAAUAAUGUGUGGCACUUACACCAAUUCCUUAACUGACUGAUCUAAGAAUUCUGCUGUCACUAUUUUCCAUCUUGACCCAGGUUGGGCUGCAUUUCAAGUAGUAUCUCAAAGACUGUUGCUAUUUCAGUUGAAUUGCUCUCUCCGCAUUAGUUCUCAGAGGAUCUUCAGUGGCUUUUAUUUUGUGUUUACUUUUCUCUACAGUUGUUUGUCUAACUUUCAUUUUGAGAGUCCUCACUUUGGGUAAAAAUCAGUAGGUGUUCCCUGGACCCACAGUAAAGUCCAUUUCCCCAUCUCUCUCAAUGUCUCCGGGCAGCUAGUGUAGAAGCACAACAGAGAAAAUGUGUUUUAGGGGGCGUGAUGCAGAGCAUGGAGUUUCUGUCACAGUAUGUCCUCAGUAGCUGGAUAAAGACUGAAAGAUGGUUAAGGACUCUAGAAACGUCUUUGCCUAGUCACAUGUACACUUUCUUUGGCUAAACCUGUAAACUGAAUGUAUUCUACAGUCAAUUCCCACUCCACAACUCAAGUUUUCUUUUAGAUGUUUCUUUUGGCCCAGCUCAAGUUGAUAUUAAACAGGCAGAUUUUAACUUAUGAUUGCACUGUUAGCUAUUACAGAAUAAUAGCAUUUGCUGUACUUUUCCAGCCAUGAGGAAUGAGGAAAGAUAUGUACGUAGCUUGCUUCCUUUCAGUGGUUUGCUUUGCUGAGUGUGUGUGUUUUGUUUUAAUUAUCCUAGUUACCUGCAAAUUUAUAACCUGAUCAUUCCUCUUCAAGAUUUGAAAAUGUUUUAAAAGUACAAACUGGGUAAAUUCUAAACAGCUAUACAAAUAUAAGAUAAUUUUAUUACAAAUUUAAACUGAUUGCGAUUUUUUCCUUUUCUUCCCUGCUGUCCCACCUGUUUUUAUGGACUUGGCAAACAUUUUGUAGACUGAAUCUUCUCUUCACUGGAUAAUUAUGAACCACCUUAACUCAGGCCCUCCAACCAAACCACAUAUUAAAGCAUCAGCUCUUUGCUUAGGUUACUACCAGAUAUACCUGGAAAGAAGCUUCAUUUAAGCAAAAGUUAAUAUGUUUGAACUUAUCGGAGAUCCAGUUUUUAAAGUUUUCAUUGAUUCUAUGCCCCUGGAAGAGAAGCAUAUAUAAGAGGCUUGGGAACAGUCAGCAUUAAAUAGAUAGAGUUUGGUGGGGGGUGGGUAUCUUGCAUAAUAAAGUGUCCUGAGAGCUCAGCAGUCAAGGCACUAAGGCAAAGAGUUCCUUGAAGAAGAUCAAUGAAACAAAAAAGUCUGGAAUUAAUUGACAUUGUUGUCUUCUUUAGGAAAAUGGGAUUUAUUUUCUAUGAGAGAGAAUUUACCAAAUGCAACAAUGAAUAUGUUAUAUUGUCUCUCUCUUGACUUCUUCAGAAACCAUAGAAUUUAAAACACCUUCCUUCACAGGUGAGGGGGCAAAGCCCCUGAAAAAUGAAACACACGGCCCUAAGUAGUAGUCUCUGACCAGACAGAGUCGCGCGCCUGCCAGCUUGUCUAUUUACGCCAUGAUUAUUCAAGCUCAGCUUUCUCCUAGAGAGAAGCUGACUCUAAAUUGGACAAGGAAGUAGGGUUUCCCUUAAUAUUUCUUGCAUUCUCAUACCAAGAUAAUAGUUUAUCAGGCAACUACAUUAAAUAAGUAUUAUAUACUUCCAGCCCAUACUCCUGGAUAGCAUAUGAGAGGGUAAUUGGGAAUUUGGCACAGGGCUUUUUUUUUUUUUUUUUUUUUUCUAAAUGUAUACAAUGUACACUCCAUUUGCCUCGUAAUGUUGCUGGGGCUGGACUGGACAGCAGUAACGGUCUGAUUCUUGUGAUGCUAAAACAGAUGUUAAGCCUGAUAAUAGCUCACCAUGUUGGGUAAAAUGUUUAUAUACUGUACAUAGGUACGUGAACUUUGGUUUUUAUAGAUACCAACCUCUUAAGUUUGUGAGAGGUACAUUAUGAGGGGCUGCCUUUGUCUAAAUUUCACUAUCAGCUGGCUCCAUAGCCUCCCUAAGGUCAGAAAGUUUUCCAGGAUCCAUUUUUGAUCUUGAAUUGACAAGCUUGGAAACAGGUGAAUGGAUUACAUCAUGCUCCUGGGACCUUCAAGUUGACUGACCAACACAAGCCUAUUAUUGUAUUAUUGGUGUGUUAGGGAAACCUUUUACUGCAUGCGAAGAUUGCUAUGACAUUUUGACUAUAUUUUGUGGGCUUCUGGUAACUAUGCUAUUUUCAUCUGUAAACUACCUCCAUCCCUCUCCGUUGAAGCAGAAUUGAGGUGGCUAACACAGGAAACGCAUUAAUGGGAGCUUCUGUCUUAUCUGCCUUUCUUUAUCAAUGUAGGUGGCUCCCAGCAUCUACAUUAUAGAUAUAUGAGGUCAGGGAAGGAUAGCUACCAACCUCUGGAAGAGAUGGGCUUCUUGGGCAAAUAUUGAAUUAUGAUAGAGGCAGUCAUAGCAAACCAGUUCAGAACUUGACUUUUAUAUGCCUCUUCUCCUGGAAGUAAAAUUAUUCUCACUGUGAGAGAGAGGGCAUAGGACCAAAGCUUCCUGAGGACUUGAAUACAUUUUACUUGUUCUCUUGUACCAGUUCAGUCACUAAUACGGUAACUGAAUACAGAGUAAAAGCUUUAGGAGGCCUCAGGUUGGAUAGUACUCAGAACCAUCCCCUCCCUCAAGCCAAAAAGUAUUUCUGGGGCACACACAGAACAUCAGGGAACUGUAGGUAAGAUUUAACUAAAUGGGGACAUUGGGAAAACUAUCAUAGGCACUUAUAAUUACUUGGCACCUCUCACCAAAGGCUUUUAUUUAAGACACCGUGUGCGGGGUUGAUUGAUGCCCACAGGUGUUCUGAGAAGGUUGUUAGGAGCGUAGCCUCGACACUGGAAACACACACCGGGUUUGAACUUUGGUCCUGUACAUUGGGGAUGUUUGUGUGUGUGUGUGUAUGUGUGUCUAUGUAAGUUCAGAAGUGUUCCGUGUUAUCAGUUGGCCUUUUCAAGAUGAAGGAGAAGGGAGCACUAACAAAUGAGGUGUAAAUCUCCAUGGAGAGUGGGUACCCCCUUUAAAAAUUUGAAUGUCUUUGGUCCUGGGUCCACUGUAGUUAACCAUGUGUCAUGGUCAUGGUGCUGGCUCAGAAACCCUGUAGGACAGAGCCUCCUGCAAAACCAGAAAAAUAUCAGUCACUUUCAUGCAAGUAUAACUCUUCCUUGACUUUAUUCACUUUACAGUGUUUUGCUAGUGAAUUUUGAGGAUGUGUAUACUUUGGAAAUUUGAAUUUAUCUAAAUAAGCCACCUAUGGGCUUGGAGUUUUGACAGGAGAGUUCUAAACUCCAAGCCCAGUCCCAACGGAUCUGGUUCCAAGCCUACUCACCUGGGGUUUCUUCUGUACUUGUACCAGAUUUCACAGGCAGUUCUAUUUCUGAGGGCGGCCUUAGGGGUGAAGGUAUAGAAGGUGGUAGGCCAUAAGUGCACUGGAGAUUGAUUUUCUUCGUUCUGAUGUUUUGAAAGUCUUAGAUUUUUGCAAGAACCAGCAAAACCAUGAGUGAGGGUUGGAGGAAUGGUGAAGUAGGCCUAAAACUCCAUUCCUUUAUGUCUUUUCUGACUUGACACACCAUUUGGGUCUGUCCUGGUGCCAUGGCCUAUCCUAAAGAACUGUCUUAAAAGGGAAACAAGCCACAGCCUUGCUAGACAUGUCUCUAACUCCAGCACUAAUGCCCAGACCCGGAGCUGUGAGAGGCAAGGGUCUCCAACUAUUUUGGGAGGCAAAGGAUGACACUGGCUGGUGAAAUGAAGUUACCAUUGCUAAUAGGUGUGCCUGUUCUCAGGAUGUGUGGGAACUCAGUCCUAAGGGUUUCUACAUGUUUUAGUUAAUCUAACUGCAUGCCUAGCUUGGCAGAAUGAAUGUGGGCAAAUAGUGUUAAAAGGGUGAGGGUAGGCUCUUGGGGCAAAUCAAGUCACAAAGCAGAUGACUGAGGGAGGUUACAGAGUUUAGACGAAGUUAAAAACUUAGCUACUUUUGCAAGAAGUGUCUAGGGAAGUGUACUUUGAAUGUUUCUCUUGAGAUUUUAAAGUGCUCAUUUCUUUUCCUCUUCCUUACUUUUUAUUUAUUUAUUUAUUAUUUUUGGUUGAAUAUUCUCUGAAGACAAUCAGAGGCCUGCCAGGGUGGGACUUCUGGCUGGUUCCAGCAGUGUCCUUGGGCCCCUUUCUAACACUAACUCGUUGGAACUGAUGCACUUUGUUUAAUGUAUGUGGUCCUUUUUUUUUUUUUAAGCUGCUUGUUUGGAACAAAAUGAAAUGCAUAUUGCAUUGUAUCCUUCCUGCUUGCUGUUUUUCUCUUAAUUUUAAAAGCAUUGAGGAUAAAGUACACUUAAGGAGAAAUAUGCACAAGAAUACCUAUUAAAAUAACUCCCAUGAAGUUUGAUGGUUUAAUUUCAAGGGAUUAAAAUACAACUAUUUUGAAUGAAUAUUUUGGUGGGUUUUUUGUUUUUUGGUUUUGUCUUUUUGGUUUGUAAAUAAGAGUGUAUAUAAACGUGUGGCAAAUUAUGACAGUUUUAAGUAGUCAUGAGAGAAUUAAAAGAGUUCUUAAGAUAUAUUUAACUUCCUUUGACAGCAAGGAAGGCAUCUUGACCAGAAUAAAUCCUUCAAAACUGUUUCCAGUGGGACCUCAGAGAAUCACCUUUGAAUGGAGGAGAAAGUUCCUUCCUGCUUCAAUAAAAUUAACAUUUCCAGAAUUCUCCCCCUUCUCCUGCUCUCUGAUCCUUUCCCCUCUGGAUUUGGGUACUUUUUAAUUGCAGUUCAGAAAAGGUAGGAAGGGUGGAAUUUCCCACAGUGAGCUUGCUCCUGGCACUGGGGACUCUGAUUACUGAAGACUGCUUCUUGUUCUCUACAUUUGCCUUGGUACAGCAGCAAUGGGCCUUAGGAUUCCUCCACAUCUGGAUGUGCAGAGCACUGCUUUGUCAAUUCAUUUUUCAGCUCUAUGUGCAAUUUUCCUUGAGCUGUGUCUUCAAACAAUUAAUAAUCUCCUUAUGCCCAAUUACAGUCUCUUCUGCUUUAAGUACACAUCCUAUUGUUUGGUUCUCUCUAAACAUGAACUGUAACUGUUGAGCAUACCCAUAAGGGACUUUCUUAAACUUAAAUACGGUAAUGUAAUUUUUCCUUACCUGUUUAUUUUCAUAACCUGAUUUUCUGUAUUUUCCCAUGAUCAAUACUUGUGGAGAGUUUUAAA